AUGAAGCUCUUUACUGCGGCAAAAGAUCUCAAAUUUCUCGAUGCAAAUCAAAUCAUCGGAGAAGCAAUGAAAAUCCCAGCCAAAUCACCAUCUCCACUCUUUUUGAUUAGUAUCAUUACCCUCAUUUUCGCACUUUCAUUGAUCCAGUUAUUAUGUAAAAUUUCAUUCUCCGACUUUGUGCCUACCCUCUAUCCCAAAUCAAUCCAUGAGUUCGUCUACAACCUUUCCUUUUUCCUCUUGUUUCUUCUCUCUACAUCCGUUAUUCUCUUCACAGUAGCUUCUCUUUAUGCAUCCAAGUCCGUUUCCUUUAUCUCCACUCUCUUUGCGAUUCCUCGCAUAUUUGAACAUCUUCCGAUCACCUUCUUAUAUGCCUUACUUCUCAAGUCCGUGACCUACUACUUGAUCCUCUUCACUCCUACAUAUGUCUUUGAUUCGUUAAAUAUUAAUGAAGGAGCUCUGUGGUGGGGAGCGGUCGGUUUGCUUAUCAUAAUUGCCAUCAUAUACUUUGUUGUUCAUCUCUAUGUUAUGGCGUUAUGGCAUUUGGCCAGUGUAAUAUCUGUUGUUGAACCAAAUGUGUACGGCUUGGCAGCCAUGAAGAAGAGUAAGAAACUCUUACAAGGGAGAAUUCUAAUUGCUUUCCAACUUGCAAAUUUAUACUUCGCGGCUACAUUCUUUAUAGGAAAGGUGUUUGGGUAUGUGAUGCAGAGUCCUGACCAUUUCAUGGUUAAGAUUUUGUUGGGAUUGGCGUGUUCGUUCUGGUUGGUGUCCGUUAAUCUCACGUCGCUACUAGUUCAGAGUGUCUUCUUCCUUGCUUGUAAAAGUCACCACAAUCAAGUGGUUAGAAAGAAGGUUAUGUAUCAUCAUCUUUGUGGGUAUGAUCUCCGUGAUAAGUCAAAGAUCAUGAUAGGGUAG